UGGAAUUUUUGAUCCUAUGAAGCUGAAAUAAUUUAACUCGAAUUAGGGGCCUGGAAACGAGUUUAUUGUUUGAUCAGUUACCGUUCUAGCAAUUGAACAAUAUAUAAUAGUAUUUCCAAGUCAAAGCUCUUCGAUUUUUUUUCAGACUCUGGUUGUGUUACGUGCAAGUUAUCGGUACCUCGAACGAGACGGCGAACACAAAGGCCUGCGAAUGUAGCAUUAGCACGUUAGAAGGGGGCAGACGGGAGGUAAACAAUUAUUACAAUCAUUGCUUGCACCUUUUUAAGUGGCAACGUGACUUUAGAUUAGGAUAUUUUAUAUAUUUUGUCGAUAUUCUCCUACCUGGCAUGCUCACAUUUGACAAUAUUUAGCUAGCAAGCUAUAUGCGGGCCUGCUCUGAAAAUUAGAUGACUACCUAGCACAUUUCAGCUAACAUUCAAAACAAUAUUUUACAAGCAGGUUGGCAUUAUAUAAGUCAAAUUGAACUACCUAUAUAUUGGAACUUGUUUGUUAGAAGCCUGUUAAUUACUUUGAGUCCUUAUGUCUUGCCUUGAACAGGCAUAUCUGGGCAAAAAAACAUCCAAUGUAGCAUAAUCAACGACAAAACAUGUUUAUAUUCAUCACAUGCUUAACGUUAGUGUUAUAGUUGUCACCCAGACACACAGUACAGUUCACCCCUUUAUUAUCUGGAGUAUCAGCCCAGCUCAGGCACCUUGGCAGAAUGUACCCAAUGGAUCCAGAGAGGCGAAGUCACCAGAGGGAGUAUGAAGAGCCAGAGACAUGCAGUCAGCGGAGGGAGUAUGAAGAACCAGAGCGAUGCAGUCAGCGGAGGGAGUAUGGAGAACCAGAGCGAUGCAGUCAGCGGAGGGAGUAUGAAGAACCAGAGCGAUGCAGUCAGCGGAGGGAGUAUGGAGAACCAGAGAGAUUCAGUCAGCGGAGGGAGUAUGGAGAACCAGAGAGAUGCAGUCAGCGGAGGGAGUAUGGAGAACCAGAGAGAUGCAGUCAGCGGAGGGAGUAUGGAGAACCAGAGAGAUGCAGUCAGCGGAGGGAGUAUGGAGAACCAGAGAGAUGCAGUCAGCAGAGGGAGUAUGGAGAACCAGAGAGAUGCAGUCAGCGGAGGGAGUAUGGAGAACCAGAGAUAUUCAGUCAGCGGAGGGAGUAUGGAGAACCAGAGAGAUGCAGUCAGCGGAGGGAGUAUGGAGAACCAGAGAGAUGCAGUCAGCGGAGGGAGUAUGGAGAACCAGAGAGAUGCAGUCAGCGGAGGGAGUAUGAAGAACCAGAGACAUACAGUCAGCGGAGGGAGUACAGAGAACCGAGUUCAGGGCAAUGGGACGAUGGCCUUGAGACGAGAGGCAACGGCCAGGCUAUGGCCAGAGAUCUCUACAGUGAAUACUCCAGCAUGAGGAGGACUAGAGAACAGAAACAGAAGACGAAGGACAAGGACCUUGAAGUGUUAACAACAAAUGUUUCCAAUAACGAUGUUACUCUUAAAGAGAGGGUGAAUUGCAUUUUGAGAAAGCGGGCAUGGACCAAUGAAUGUCGCUUAAAGGAGGCUGCCAACCAGAAGGUCCCUCCCAAGCUUGUUCUCCAUCCGCCCAAAGUGGUCAAAAGCUUUGUGGAACGGAUGAACGAGUCCGUCCUGCACAAAGACAGCAGAUUGAAGGGCAGCCUUACCCUGGACGUCCAUGAAGAGGAGCAUCCUCUGAAACUCAAAGUGGAGGCUUUAUUGGCACAGCGACACAAUCCCACGGUGAAUAAGGAGGACAAAGCAGCCAAGGGCUUCCAGCACUUCCUCGAUGUCCUCAACAAAGGGGUGUACAUCGACAGGCUCUCAAAGAUUGUCAACAAUUCCAAGGAUUUACCCUCUGUGGGAGAGGAGCUGCCACAAGGUCAGCCGCCUCCACUUCAUGGCCAGCCCGAGACCAACUCUAAGAGUGAGAGGACGGUGCCCUCUCGCAAAAGGAGCUCCCGAUUUGAUGAGAAAGAUAAACAGAAGGAGAAAGAGGAGAGUGAGAAAGAUAAACAGAAGGAGAAAGAGGAGAGCGAGAAAGAUAAAGAGGAGAGCGCAUGCUCAAGUAAAUGUCACAGUAUUACCUUGUUAUCAGAUAGCUCCAACUCCAGCCCUCCUUGCCAUCGGUGGACCGCAAAAUACAAACGCUCUAGCACCAGAGACCAGGACCGAGACAGAGACAGGGGCAGAUCUGAGAGAGACAGAGACAGACGCUCAAGCACCAGAGACCAGGACAGAGAGAGAUACAGAGACAGGGGCAGAUCUGAGAGAGACAGAGACAGGGCUUCCGGGGGCUUUACCCAUACUCCAACAAUCCUACACACCCUCCUGCAUCUUUGA